AUGUCUCCUCUCUUGAUUCGGUGUAUCUUGCCACUGACUAUAAAGAUUUCCGCCCGCUUGUGGCAGCUCUCGUGUAACGCUGCUCUGAAACGUUUCGUCGACGAUAUUGCUAUUAAAGUUAUUGAAUCUAAGCUUAUCUCUCCUCUUUACGAUAUCUUUUCUCCUGUAACUGUUACUUCUAUGCCAGCCGACCUUGCUCCAAAACCUGUAAAAGCUUCAUCGGCAUUAGAGUUCUUGUCCAAAUAUGCAAACUAUAAUCCUAGCAACGACGAUGAAGGUUCUAAUAAUAGGUCUAAGCUAGAUGUCAGAUCUCUGUUUAAUGGUUCUUACAACUGUGGAAGGCCAUCCUCUAAGGAUUCCGACUCCUUAAGCAGAGAGAUCGCCAAGAGUGUAGUUAAGCCCGGUUCCCCAGGAGCCAUUAAGAUACCCGAGGCUGAAUCCAUGCCACCAGCGGAGGAAGAGGUUUCGUACUUUCCGAAGAAGAAAAAAUAUAAGAGGAAGUCUAAAGCUGCUGCGUAA